AAGAGAGAGAAAAAGAGGGUUUCUCUGUCUCUUUCUCUAUCUCUCUGCAACUCCUUUCUCUAUCUCUCUGCAACUCCGGUUUAUUUGCCAGCAAAUCAUCUGUAAUUUAUACUCUCUCCAAAUCUCUCUCCAAACCCUAAUUAAUGGAAGAGAGAGUUUUUCGUCAGCGACGACAUCUCAGAUCAUAGCGUGGUUUCUGCCAUUAAAGAAGCUUUCUUGCACUGUUGUAGUGUAUUUAUCGUGAACAAUAUAGUUGGGGAAUUUGCUGUUGAUAAAGCUUCACAAAGUGUGGGUUUGGGCUCGUAGUUUGGUGGUUAGGGCUUCAGACGGUGCAGAAAAACGUCCGAGCCAUCUUGAAGAAUGGCUUGAGAAGCACAAGUAUUUCUGGCAAACUUGAAACAUGGGCAAUGGAGAGGUGGAUACAUCAGCAAAGCCAAAGACUUCUGCUCCCCAGGAGCAACCUCCAGCUAGCACCGCCACGGUGUACCCUGACUGGUCUGCAAUUCAGGCAUUCUAUAAUCCUGGAACCCCCCCAAUCCCUCCACCUGGCUUUUUCCACUCUUCUGUGGCAUCCAGCCCCCAAGCUCAUCCAUACAUGUGGGGACCGCAGCACAUAAUUCCUCCAUAUGGCACCCCACCGCAUCCAUAUGUUGCGAUGUAUCCACACGGGGGGCUCUAUGCCCAUCCAUCGAUGCCACCAGGAUCUCAUCCAUUUAGUCCAUAUGCUAUUCCUUCUCCAAAUGGCAAUCCUGAAGCUUCGGGAAGUGCCCCUGCUGGUGUGGAAGGAGAUCGUAAGUCAUCAGAAGGCAAGGAAAGGAGCCCUCUGAAUAGAUCUAAAGGAAGUUUAGGUAGUCUGAAUAUGCUUACAGGCAAGAACGAUUUAGGUAAAACAUCGGGAGCAUCUGCGAAUGGAGCCUACUCACAAAGUGGUGAGAGCGGGAGUGAAGGAUCAAGUGAAGGAAGUGACGCAAAUUCCCAAAAUGGUUCCCAGCAAAAGGCUCACUGUGGCCAAGGUUCUUUGGAAUCUGAGGCUUCUCAGAAUGGGAGCAAUCGGGCUGCUGUGCAAAAUGGAAUUCCUCGUACCCCUCCACAAGCUAUGAUGAAUCAUCAAACCAUGGCCAUUAUGGCGAUGCAACCCACUGCUGCUCCUGGUGGUGUUACUGGUCCUACUACUAACUUAAACAUAGGGAUGGACUAUUGGGGUGGACCAGCUGCCUCAGCUGUUCCUGCUCUUCAUGGCAAGAUCCCAACUACACCAGUUGCAGGAGCAGUGGUUCCCUCUGGUCUUGUUGGGUCUCGUGAUGGUGUCCCAUCUGAACUUUGGUUACAGGAUGAACGUGAACUUAAGAGGCAGAGAAGGAAGCAGUCAAACAGGGAAUCAGCGCGUCGUUCAAGGAUGCGUAAGCAGGCCGAGUGUGAAGAACUGGCACAGCGUGUUGACCUUCUCAAGGAGGAAAACACUGCCCUCAAAGCUGAACUGGGUCGGGUGAGGCAGGAGGUUGAGCAACUUGCUACCCAGAAUGCAUCUUUGAAGGAGAGACUCGGGGAAGUGGCUAGAGGCCAUGUAAUAUCAAGAACUGAUAGGAAUGACCAACGCACUGGCAAUGACAUCAGUCAAGCAGGUAAAACAGAGUCUACAUAGAGUUGGUUCCAGAACAAAAUACCCAUUUCACAGAGGUUCAACCUACUGCUUACGAGCUCAGCCUAACCACAGUAUCGAUGAAGUGUGUGUCUAUAUAAAUUAUGAGGUACAAUCCAAAUUUUUGGAGACCCAAAAAUGCCAGUCAUGAGUUACCAUAUGACCGCAUUUAUCAUUUUAUCUCUCCUUACAACUGAUCUUUUGACUUCUGAAGACUGAAGAGGUGCUGUUGUAACCUUAAGAUAGCACUUUGUGCCAUGCCUCUUUUUAUGUAGAGUAGAAAUUCAAAUCUCAUGCUCCCUUUUUGAGCUUGAGGUUUGUUGUAAUUUAUACACCAUGAGCAAUGCCGAAAGAAAUGCUUGAGGCUUGAAAUAUAGUUGCAGUUGUGACCAA